AUGAAUUGCUUGGCUUCGGUCGAAGUACCGCAUGUACUGGGAGAAUUUUGUACUGGUGAAUUUUCAGUUUCGCUCGGGUGUCGAGUUCAACCAUGCAGGACAAGUCUUCAGUUACGAUCUCUAUUAUUAGUUUUUAUACAAUUUUACUGCUUUUUAAAUCUAAUAUUAGCACAACCAGCUCAACAAACACCUUCAAUUGAUCCUCAUCACCAUAUUCCUGGAAGUAGUCCUUGUUAUGAUGAUAUGAAUCUGCCACAGCGAUGUGUUCCUGAUUUUAUUAAUGCUGCUUUCAAUUUACAAGUAGAAGUAACUAAUACAUGUGGAGUAAUUCGUCCAACAAGAUUUUGUGUUCAGUCGGGUCAUAGUGGUGUUCGAAAAGUUUGCGAUAUUUGCGAUAGUAGAGAUGAGUCAAUUGCGCAUCCUCCAUCAUAUUUAACAGAUUUUAAUAACGCAAAUAAUGAAACAUGGUGGCAGUCAGAGACUAUGAAUGAGGGAAUGCAAUAUCCAAAUUCAGUUAAUUUAACUCUCAGACUUGGAAAAACCUUCGAUAUCACAUAUGUUCGGCUAAAAUUUAUCAGUCCACGGCCAGAAAGUUUUGCUAUAUAUAAGAAAACACAUCCGGAAGACGAUUGGAUUCCUUGGCAAUACUACAGUGGUUCAUGCCGAUCUACUUAUGGUAUGCCUGAAAGAGCUCCAAUACUUCCAGGAAAUGAAGCAGUUGCUCAAUGCACUCGUGAAUUUUCCGAUAUUUCUCCAUUAACUGGUGGAAAUAUUGCUUUUUCUACUUUAGAAGGAAGACCAAGUAGCCAGAAUUUCGAAGAAAGUGAAGUUCUUCAAGAAUGGGUAACUGCAUCUGAGAUCAGAGUUGUUUUAAAUCGAAUGAAUACUUUCGGUGAUGAAGUUUUUCGCGAUCCAAAAGUGCUACGAUCUUAUUAUUAUGCAAUCUCAGAUUUUGCGGUUGGUGGUCGUUGUAAAUGUAAUGGACAUGCAAAUGAAUGUGUUAAGUCAACAGGAGGUGGUGAAGAACGAUUGGUUUGCCGCUGUGAACAUAAUACCAUGGGAGCUGAUUGUGAUCAAUGCUUACCAUUUUUCAAUGAUCGACCUUGGCAAGCCGCUACAGCAAUUGAAGCGAAUGAAUGUCUUGCCUGUAACUGUAGCCAUUUGUCUAAUCGCUGUUACUACGAUCAAGCAUUAUUCGAGAAAACUGGUAGUGGUGGACAUUGCAUCGAUUGUGCUGGUAACACUCAGGGACCUCAUUGUGAGGAAUGUGCUCCGAAUAAUUGGAGAAGACCUGGCGAUCAUUAUUGUGUUCCGUGCCAGUGCAAUGAAAUUGGUUCAAUGACUAUGCAGUGUGAUGAUACCGGUCAGUGUCCAUGUAAACCAGGUGUUGAUGGUCAGUUCUGUGAUCGGUGUAAAAACGGCUUUUAUGAAUUUAAAACUACUGGUUGCAAGAAUUGUCAAUGUGUUAAAGCAGGGUCUUUGAACAAUGAACCGAAAUGUAAUUCACAGACUGGUGAUUGUGUAUGUAAAUUGAAUGUAGAAGGACGUCAGUGUGAUAAGUGUAAACCUGGCUAUUUUGAUUUAUCAUUGGAUAAUCAGUUUGGUUGUACGCCAUGUUUCUGUUACGGGCAUUCAUCGAUAUGCACAAGUGCAGAGGGAUAUUACGCUAUGAAUAUAACAAGUUCUUUUAACGAAGGUAAGAAUAAAUGGUUGGGGAGCAGUUUGAAAGGACCUUUGGAUACACAAUGGGCCGAAAUGGAUAAAGCGAUUGCAAUUUCUGAUGUUAGCGGAACACCGGCUUACUUUUUAGCACCACAGCCUUUUCUAGGAGAUCAACGAGCCGCUUAUAAUCAAGAUCUUUCCUUCACAUUCCAUGUUCAACAGGAUCAGGUUCAACCAAGUGCAAGAGAUAUUGUCAUCGUCGGCGAAGAAGGACAAGAGUUAACCAUUCCUAUUUUUGCUCAAAAUAACCCAAUGCCAAGCACUACUGAUAGGACAUAUCGUUAUCGAAUCCAUGCAAAUCCUAUUUUCCAGUGGAGUCCAAAAUUAAAUGAACUUGAUUUUAUCGGAGUUCUUUCUAAUGUAACGGCGUUAAAAAUUCGUGGAACUUAUUCCUCCGGCGAUGUGGGAUUUCUUUCCGAUGUGCAGCUUGGUAGUGCUGGUCUUGCACCGACUGGUGAUGAACCUAAAGAAGCCAACUGGAUAGAAUCAUGCACUUGUUUGGAAGGAUUUGUUGGCCAGUUCUGUGAAUCUUGUGCUCCAGGCUAUAGACGUGAAAUGAAAUAUGGUGGUCCGUUUAAUCGUUGCGUUAAAUGUGAUUGUCAUGGUCAUUCGGAUUCUUGUGACGCUGAAUCAGGUGCUUGUAUCUGUGAGGAUAACACCGCUGGUGACACCUGUGAGCGAUGUGCACGUGGUUAUUAUGGAAAUGCACUUCAGGGUACUGAUAAAGACUGUUCUAGUUGUCCAUGUCCGGAAAAUGGUCCAUGUGUUUUGCAUUCUGAUGGCGAUGUUAUAUGUACGGAUUGUCCGAUUGGCUACACUGGCCGGCGGUGCGAUAUUUGUGCUGAUGGAUUUUUCGGUGAUCCUGGUGCUGGAACUUCAUGUGAAGAAUGUACAUGUAGCGGUAAUAUUGAUCCUAAUAGCAUUGGCAAUUGUGAUUCAAUCACAGGUGAAUGCAAAAAAUGCGUAUUUAAUACUAUUGGCUUCAACUGCGAGAAGUGCAAACCAGGUUUUUGGGGCGAUGCAUUACUUGAGCCAAAAGGUGACUGCAAGGCUUGCCGUUGUUUUGUACCGGGUACGCGGCGUCCAAAUGUUGAUUAUAAUCUGCUAGAAUGUCGUCAAAGUGAUGGCCAGUGCGAUUGUCAGCCACAUGUUAUAGGAUUACGCUGUGACCAAUGCGAGCCUGGUUAUUUCAAUUUGUCUUCUGGUGCCGGAUGUCAGGAAUGUAAUUGCGAUCCUUUGGGUAGCAUUAAUAGUACUUGUGAUAUUUCUACUGGCAAAUGUCUUUGUAAAACUGGAGUUACUGGACAAAGAUGUGAUCAGUGUGCGGUGCAACAUUAUGGUUUUGAUUCGGAAGGCUGUAAACCAUGCGAUUGCGAACCUGUUGGCUCAGAAUCACCGCAGUGUGAUGUAAAAUCAGGACAAUGUCUUUGUCGUGACCAUAUCGAAGGACGUCGUUGCGAUAAAUGUAUUGAAAAUCGCUAUAAUUUACAAGCUGGUUGCUUACCUUGCGAUGAAUGUUAUACGUUAAUUCAACAUCGUAUUAAUAAUUUCCGAAUUAACGUUUCUACUUUACAGGAAACUCUUCAAGAAAUUAUAGAAAAUCCAACACCAGUGAAUGAUAUGGAAUUUAAUGAAAAAGUGAUUAAAAUUGGCAAAGAAGUUGAAAGUUUAGCAGAACUUAUAAAUAAAAAACUUGCGGGCGAUGAUUCCCAGCUCGUUAAUGAAAUUAACAAAUUGAAGAACGAUUUGAAGGAAUCAUUAAAAUUAAUUGAUUCAGUUGAUGAUACCAUAGCAAAUGCGAAUCAGCAAGCCGAUGCAACCUAUGAAGUUCUUCUUCGUUGGAACCUUAUCCGAGAUCGUGCUCGUAGUGACUUAGAAAAUGGUUUACAUUAUCUCGAAACCGAGGGAGUUACACAAUGGGAACUCGCCCAAGAAACAUCUAAAAGAUAUGGCGAGCAAAGUCAACAAUUGUCAGAAAUCGCACAAGAAGCGCGAAAACUUGCUGAUAAGCAUGAAAAUAAAAGUCGUGAAAUUCAAAAUUUAGCUGAUAAGACGAGUAAUAUCUCAAAACUUGCACUAAUAGAAGCAAAAGAAGCAAUAUUUGGCGGUGAAGCAACGAGUAAACAAAUAGCUGAAAUGCAAGCAAAAUUAAACGAAACUGGAGAAAUUUUAAAUCAAACAAAAAAGCUUGCUGAAGAUGAAUUACGUGAAGCCGAUAAGGCGUAUAAAGCAGCAGCAGAAAGUCUAACGAAUGUUGAAGGUCUCAAGUUACCUCAUAUCGAUACACAACAGCUUCAAGAAGAUGCUAAACGUGUAGCAGAAGAGGCAAAAUUAGCUGCUGAAAAUGCUAAAGAACAAGCAGCAGCCAAUAAAGAAUUGCUAAAUAAGGCUUCGAGAAUGAUUGCUGAUGCCAAAUAUGAAUUGCAACGUGUCAAGGAUCAACAAUCAGUUUCUGACGAACUGCUUGCCGAUGUUGAUGCAGCAAGAGAUCGAGCUUUAAAAGCUGUUGAAUUAGCUGAAAAUACUCUUAAAGAAGCGAAUCAAACAUUAAAUACUUUAAAUGAUUUUCAAACUUUGGUUGAUAAAAGUAAAGCUGUUGCAUUAGAAGAAUUAGGUAAAUUGAAAGAAAUCGAAAGGCAAAUCAAAGAAGCCGAAGAAAUGACCAGGGAAGCAGAAAAUGCAAUUGGAAAUGCAAAGAAUGAUGCUGAAGCAGCUGAAAAAUUAGCCGGUGAAGCUGAAAAUGAAGCAAAAAUGAUAAGUGAAAAGGCACACGAACUUCGUAAUCAUACUGGUGAAACUCGAAAUACAGCCAAACAACUCAAAGAUGAAGCAAAUCAAUUAGUUUCUGAUAUUAUUGAAACUGCCUCAACUUUAGAUGAUUAUAGGCGUCAAGCAGAUACGGAUAAAGCACGCGCAUCUGACGCUGUAACAAAGGCUGCAUUAGCGGAAAAUGCUGCAAAUAAUGCGAAUAAAACAAUAACUGAAUCUUACGAUAAGAUUCGACGAAUAUUAGAGCAAUUAAACUCGAUGGAUAGUGUUAAUAGUGAGGAACUCGAUGAAUUAGAAAAACAGUUAGAAGAAGCUGAAAAAGUAUUAGACAGUGCAAAUCUUGAUAAGCAGGUAUCGAUGCUUAAAGAACAAAAAGUCGAGCAAGAUCGUACUAUAACUCAAUUUAAAAUCGACAUUGAUGCUUUACAAGUUGAGGUACGAAAUUUGGAAGAGAUUCGAGAAGCUUUGCCCAAUAAAUGUUUCAAUAUAAUCAACUUGGAACAAGAGGGUCAAAAGUAG